CUUUAGUUACAAAAACCACCUAGAAGCAACACCUUCUGAUUUAAAUUAAAAUUCUCUCCUUUAUCUCGCCGGAACCAAAAGUUUCCGGCACCGGCAAUUGUAUUACUUUUCAUUUUUGAUAGUCACAUCACCAUUUCUAUGGAGAUUUGGUGAAUUUUCUUGGCUUUUUCUAGCUCUUUCUAAGCAAAAAUAAAAACAACUGUAAAAAAAAAAAAAGACAACAAAAUUAGUGGUGGCGUGAUGGGAUUUUGUAUCUGUCCGUUGGAAACUCCGGCGAGGUUACUGUGGACUACCAGCUUCUUUCGCCACAAGCUCAUGUUAUUCUAACCAAUAUUAUCUUUCGUAUAUAAUACAUACAAGAAGGACAGCAUAUACAUAAAGUUCUGUUAUACGUUAUUUUUUGUGUCUGUCUCACCGGAGAAUCACUGAAACUCGCCGGAGAUCUGACACAGAGGAUAUAGAAAAAUAUACACGUCUAGCUUCAAAGAGUGAAGAUGGAGUCUGGACGCCUUUUCUUUAAUCCCUCUUCUUGCCAUGAGAACAUGUUGUUCCUCGGGAACUGUGACCCCGUUUUCAGAGGUCCAAGAUUGUUGAACAUGGAGGAUACCUACAAGAAGAGACCAUUUUUCAGCUCACCGGAAGACUUGUUCGACGAUGACUAUUAUGACGAACAGUUGCCGGAGAAGAAGCGCCGCCUUACACCGGAGCAGGUGAAUUUGUUGGAGAAGAGUUUUGAGGAAGAGAACAAGCUGGAGCCGGACAGGAAGACCCAGUUGGCCAAAAAGCUUGGGCUGCAACCAAGGCAAGUGGCCGUGUGGUUCCAAAAUCGUAGGGCCCGAUGGAAGACUAAGCAGCUUGAGAGGGAUUAUGACCUUCUUAAAGCUUCUUAUGAGUCACUUCUCUCUAAUUAUGACACUAUUGUCAAAGAAAAUGAGAAGCUUAAAUCUGAGGUGGUUGGUUUAACUGAGAAGCUGCAAGCCAAAGAAUUGACCGGUCUGCCGAUGCCGGGACAAAAGACCGACUACUCACUGCAGGUGACUACACCCAAUGCAUCUGGCAUUCAACUUAACGCCAAGGUUGAGGACCGUCUAAGUUCAGGAAGCGCCGGAAGCGCUGUGGUGGAUGAGGACAGUCCACAACUUUUGGACAGUGGGGAUUCAGUUUUUCAUAAUUAUGGUGGUGGAUGUGUAAUCCCAACUGACGGUACUGUGCAAUCAGAGGAUGACGACGGAAGUGAUGAUGGCCGGGGUUACUUCUCUGAUGUGUUUGUCACCGCGGGGCAACAACAGCAUGAGGUGGAAGAGCCCUUAGGAUGGUGGGUAUGGUCUUAAGGAGCUGUGUAGCCUCAAAAUGUAUUAUUUAGAUGCAAUACUAAUUAAAUACCAAUAGUUGUUUAAAGAAAAGAAAAUAAUAAAGAUGGUAAAUGAGACUAGUUAGGUUGCUGAUAUCCUUGAAAGGGAUUUAAGAGCUAAAUUAAUGAAUAAAAUUUGAACUUAAUUAGGUCAAUCACAUCUACUGCUGAUGUAUCUUUUAUGUGGAUUAUAAGUGUAUAUGACCUAUUCAAAGGUUGUCUGUCCCUUUCUGCAUCA